GUGAAGGCGCGCGCCGUCGCUCUCGACCACGCGCGCGUCAACGUCGACGAUGUCGACGCGCUCGUGUCGGGCCUCGGCGCGCUCGGCCUGCGAGCGAGCGAGGACAAACAGCAUCCGAUCACGCGCGUGCAAACACCGCCGCCGUUGCGGAAGCACGCGCACGCGCGCACGGUGAGCGUCUCGGAUGUGGAUGUGUCCGCGGUGAAGCUCGAGCGCGACGAAGCGCCGGCGAAGCGCAAGCGCCGCGUGGGGUUGUUGUACGACGACGCGAUGGAAAUGCACGAAAAGGAGGGACACUUCGAACAGCCGGCGAGACAUCGGGUCGUCGUGAAUGAGAUCAAGGCGGAGAAACUGGAUUUGAGAUGCGAACGGCUGGAGGCGCGAGAGGCGACGGAGGCGGAGCUGACGCGCGCGCACACGAAGGAACACGUGGCGUUCGUCGAUUCGGCGUUCGACGUCGAUGGAGAGAAGGUACAAGUUAUGACUGGCGAGGACGUGUUCGGCGAUGACAUCUUCUUCACGAAGCAUACGGCGAAGGGGGCGCGCAUGGCGGCGGGGACGGUCGCGGAGGCGUGUUUGGCGGUGGGGCGAGGAGACGUAGACCGAGCGUUCGCGGUGGUGCGACCACCGGGACAUCACGCGGUGUGCGGACAAGCGAUGGGAUUUUGUUUCUUCAAUAACGCCGUCGUGGGAGCACGAGCGGUGAUCGAGACAAAACUGUGCGAGCGAGUCCUGAUAAUCGAUUGGGACGUGCACCACGGUAACGGCAUCCAGGACAUCGUGUACGAAGACGAGAGCGUGAUGUACGUAUCGUUGCAUCGAUACGGCGAUGGAUUUUACCCGGGCACGGGUGCUGUAGCGGAGGUUGGUAAAGGCGGUACGAAUGUGAACGUUGCGUGGUCGGAGAAGGGCUUGGGAGACGCCGAUUACUUGGCCGCGUUUGACGUCGUCAUCGAGCCCGUGGUGAAAUCUUUCGCUCCAGAUUUGAUCAUCAUCGCCGCUGGAUUCGACGCCGCGGACGGCGAUCCACUCGGAGGUAUGAUGGUAUCGCCCACGGGCUACAUGCACAUGACGAAGCGUUUGAUUGAAAUCGGUACCGGGCGCGUCGUCGUCGCUCUUGAAGGUGGUUACGCCCUUCGCCCGCUCGCCACGUGCGCGACGGCGACGCUUCGAGCGUUACUCGGCGAUGAACCGAAGCCUAUAUCAUCGCGGUCUCGACCGAGGAAAUCAAGCAUCAAGCUCUGUCGCGAGCUCGCGUCGCUGCUCGCAGAGCACUGGCCCGUGCUAGAGAGCGACGAGUACAAGAAUUCGACGGCGUUGAUCGCGAAACGCGCCACCGUCGUCGGCGCCGCGCGAGAGUACCCCACCGGUCGCCGCUCGAAAUCGCCCGCAAAUUCUUCCUCGUCCGCCUCCACUGCCGUGGGCGCCGUCUGUACGACUUAA